UUGGCGCCGUAGUUUGAAUACCUCAGAUAAACGUUCUCAUUCCAGGAGGACGCACAGCGCGGGGACAGAGGCUGUCGAGAAGGAGACCGACAAGAGAUUUGGUAAGCAAAAAGGGUGGCCAAGAAAGUCGCCUUAAAGCCAGCUGCUGCCGACCUCGGUCCGUGCCUUCAGUCUCCCUCCGGCCCCCGUCGCUACCACGCCCACUGCUGACACUGAUCAGCCUGCCAUGUUCUGCGACGAUGACGAGUUUUUCUUCUACCACGCCUUUCGAAAAUCAUCGUAUUCUUCACCCGACACGAGCCACAUCUUUUGCAAAUACUUCGCUAGGGGUAGCUGUAAAUUUGGGAAUGAUUGCUACUUCUCACACGAUAUAACUGACAAAAAGCCUUGCAAAAAUUACCUUCGAGAUGGAUCCUGUUCCUUUGGUGACAAUUGCUGGUACAGGCACAUUGGGGCAGAGCAGGUCAGCAAGGAGAAAGAAGAAAAGGAAGAAAAGCGAAAAAGGGAACUAGAAGAGAUGAAGGAACAUAAUGCUAGGCUACUAAAAGAACAAAUAGCUGAGAGAGAGAGAUUACGUUCUAUCCAACCAUUUGAAUUCAGAGAGCCAAAACCAAAGUCAAAGUUGACCUUAGAAGAAGCUUUAUCAAAACUGGAGGUCAUCAAAAAUGAGGUAGCUGAUCAACUUAAGGAGGAAGAACGGGAAAAAGAAGAACGGAAGAGGAAGAAAGAGAGAGGAGAACUUGAAGAAAACAUAGAGGAUGUGGAAUGGAAAGAUUUUUGUGAAUUUGAUGAAAUCUGCCACAAUUUCCGCAAGUUUGUCAACCAGUAUGACCUCACGGACUGGUCAGUGGAUGACCACAUCAAGUUGAUCUCAGCAUUCAACAUAAGUGACCAGACAGAAUGCCAGGAGUACUACCAUCCUCUCACCUUUGUGAUGGGCCCUCUAUUCCGGCUGUGGCGGCCCUCCCCACAGGCCUGGGCCAGGCUAUGCCUGGCCAUAGUUGACUUACUGAAGGAGUGGGUUGACAUGGAGGAGGUGAUUCAGGCCUGGAAUGCUGCUCUGGAUGACUGUGAGAUUGAAGAUGAAAAUUAUGAGCCAGAUUCUGAGGAGAGUGAAAGUGAUGAAGAUUUCACAGAAGAUGAAGAAAACGAGCACGUGGUGAUUGAAGAGAUUGGUGAUCUGUGUGUCUAUUUGCAGGAGAUGGUGAAACUAGAAAUAGAGGACCUGUCAGCAGCAGCCAAUCUGACCUUGGAAGAGGUUAUCCAGAGCCUGCCUCAUGACAUAGUAGAGCCACACAUCAUGGACCCAGAUCAGGAAGAUGAAGACAGUUGGUUCACAGCUCUAACUGAGGUAGAAUACAAGGAGAACGACUCUGAGGAUUUAGAUUAUGAGCCAGAGGAGAGCGAGGGUGAUGAUGAAGAAACCAUUGCUCAAGAGGAAGCUGAAGCUGAUGAGGCUGCUGUCAAGGAGGAGCUCCAAGACCUGGAGGCCAUGGCCCAGAUGUCCAAAGAAGAGCUACUGAGUAGUCUGCCACCAGAAGUUCUCCAGCCUCCUGAUGCUGAAUCAGAAGACGAUGAAGAGGAGGAGGAGGAAGAAGAUGAGGACGAAGGAGUGGCAGGGGAUAUGGCUGAGGAUGAGGAUCAGGAGGAGGAGGAGGAAGUAGAUGAUGGGAUAGGUGAGGAAGAGGAGGAGGAAUACUGGGCAGUUGCACUGGCCACUGACAGGGAACUGUAUGAUGAAGAUGAUUUGGAAGAUAAAGACUAUGAGCCAGCAGAGGAGGAAGGUACCACAGAUGAAGAUAGCACAUCUGCAGAAACAGAUGAGGAAUCCCUUAGAAGAGAACUGAAAGAAUUGGAAGAAAUGGCAGAAAUACCAUUUGAGGAAUUUGUCUCAUCACUGCCACCAGAAAUCCUCAGAAAUUAUGGGAUAGAAAUGGAGGAUAUCCCAAUACCUGCCAGCAGUAGUCCAGACACAGAUACCAAUAAUAAUGAUGAAGGCAUCAAAAAAGAAGCUGAAGAGACCCAGGAAGAUGAUGCUCAAAAUUCUGAGAAGAAAGACGAAGAGAAGAUUUUUGAAGACAAUAAACAUGAGCAAACUAUUCCUGAUAAUGACACUGAUAAAGACGAAGAGAAGAUUUUUGAAGACGAUAAACAUGAGCAAACUAUUCCUGAUAAUGAGACUGAGGAAACAGAGCCAGAAAAGCCUGGUUCAGAGAAUGAAGCCGAACAAUCAAAGUUGGAAGUCAGUCUUGAUGUUCCUGAACCUCGAAGGAAAUCUGCGCCAUUACUUGCAAUGUUGAUGGCCAAAAAAUACACAGAUGCUGAGGUAUUCAUAGGGGGUCUCCUGGCUGGCCUGUUACAACUGAACCACCCAGACUGGGGGAUUAAGGAAGUGGCUCAUCUGUUUCAGAAGUUGGAGGAGGGAGGAUACAAUUGCAUAGACAGGGCUCGGGCUUUGCUGGGGAUGUCCAUGUACUUGUCUGUGGAUGAAAUGGCUCAGUUUGUGAAUGAAUAUGUAAAGUUAACCUAUGGGAUCCGGGACCCCUAUGAGUGCCGCUGUAAGACGCCAGAGUGUACGUGUGAGAUGGAGGUGGACUGGGAAUAUUCCACUGAUGUUUUCAAGGAGUUGGCAGAUCUGGCAGGGUGGGACAGAGAAAACAAGAUACUCUUUUUCCAGAAAGCCUCGUACCAGCUCUGGCAUACAGACUGCCUGAGUAGUGCCCUGGAGAAGUACGGCCUACUGGACAGGUCCAGGGGUGAUAUGGACGAGGAGGCAGUCAGGGCUAUACUUAAAGGUUGCACUCCUCUGCCGUAUACAGUGGAGUACAUCCUCAAGUACUAUGGAGACGAGCCUGGACUGGUACAGGAACUGAUGAAACAUAUUCCAGAGUCUGAGGCCAAGCCUAAGUCCUCUGAGAACACUGGCUCCCACUGUGCAGGCAGGUCAGGUAACUGUAAGAACUCGGCCAAGAAGAUGUGUGAAAAUGGGAUGUGUAGUAAGUGCUGCAGACAUUCCAAACGCAUGUGUGAAAUUCAUGGCCACAAUUUGGGCUUUGAGGAUGGAGUUGGCCAUAGUGACAUCCCCAACCACCACCGCUACGUGUCCGUGAAACCUUUUCUCCACAUCUUGUCUAAUGCGGAUUGGGGGGAGGCCCUGCAGAAGAAAGGCGAACAGGGCUACAGAAAUAUAAAGUUUGGGCCAGAUGUGGAUCUGAAGGACCACCAUAUUGAGCUUUUGGCUUCCAAGUGUCCCAAGUUGGAAGUACUGGAGAUGGGCUCCUCUGACACAGGGUCAGGGGCCAGAGUAAGUGACCGGGCAAUAAAAUGCCUAACUGACCGGUGUCCUAAACUGAGGAAGCUAAAAUUGGAAUCGUUCACCAGCAUCAGUGAUGAACCCCUUCAGAGGCUGUUCAAAAUGUGCUCAAAUUUGGAGUGCUUUGAGAUAAGCGGCAACGACAAAGUAUGUGGGAGACUGACAGAAAAGUUGGUAAAACAGCUGUUUAACAAAAAACUUCUCCCAAAACUCCGCUUCCUGAGUUUGCAGGAUCAGCUGAACAUUACUCCGGAUGUGAUAUUUAGACUCCGGAGAUGCAGAACCAAUGUUAAAAUCAUACACUCGCAAUAACUUCGAUAUUUGCAAUGCUUUUUCAACGAGAACUCUCACAGACGCACUUUAUUUCAAUUUUGUGACUUAAAAAAGAAUAUUUUGAAAAUGUCACCAUGUAUAAUGAGCAAUGUUUGUACUAUUUAUACUGAUAUUAUAUAUAAUGAUAUUUAUAACAAAUGAUUAUUGCUAUUUACUUACAUAUACAUCGUUUUGCAUUGACCUUGUCUCGUACUACAGUGGAUAGUCUGUUUUCUUAGCAGUUGAUGAGACAUGCACUAUUUAUAUUACCUUAUAUAACACAUGCAAAAAUAAAAAUUAAAA